UCUUACGAACACCAGAAUGGGAAGUCCCAUGUGCGAUAUUUAGCCACUUAGCUUAGGUGCUCCGUCCGUUGAGCAGCCAUGGCGGGUAGCGAUGAUAAACUGCUGAUAACUCUGUCUGCCCGUCGCGACUCGUCUGUUCACCUCGCUUACGCGGGAAGAUAAGCGCAUUGAGCACUUUCCCGACGUGACACCUACCCACCAUUUCGUUCACUCUCUGUUUCGGCUACCUUUUUUACGCCGCUGCGCCUCUCCCAUCUUACUCGCUUCAAUCGGCUCGCCUUUCCAAUUGGACUAGCUUUAGGCGCUGCUGUGCCUCACCAUUCCGACUACCUCUCGUCACCGCCGCCGCUGUGUCUUUUUUUUAGGCGCCUCAAAAAUAGACUCCCGCCGCUGCCGCUGUGUCUCUUCCAUUCCACUAGCUAGUCACCGCGGUGUCUUUCCGUAAGUUUAAGAGCCUCGCACGCAGCGCGCGCGUAGUACUUGGCGAAUCGGCGCGCAAUGGUGCUGGAGAAGGACCUGUUCCGGUUCUACGAGCGGCUCAAGGAGUCGUGCGGCCGCAGCGGCGACCACACGCUGCACGUCUUCGUCGCCGGCAUCUACGUCGACUCCGCCGUCGCGCUCAAGAUACUCACGGACUUGCUACGAGCUGACUCGUUACAGUACUCGGUGUUCCCCGUGUAUGGCUAUGAUGACAUCAGCGCGCACGCUAACAAGGCCGCGGCUGGUAACCAGGCGUACACAGCCGUGUUUCUCAACUGCGGCGCCACGGAGGAUCUGUGUGGUCUUCUGGGAGUGGGCCCGUCUGUGUCCCUCUUUGUGGUGGACUGCCAUCGCCCCGUGCACCUCAACAACGCCAGGCUGCACAACACCAAGGUGGUGCUAGCCCAGUCCCCAGAGAGCGAGCCAGAGGACCCCUUCCUAGCGCGCAUCCUGGCGGACCAGGGCGCCACAGGCAGCGGCAGCGAGGGGGAAGACUCCCCCUGGGACUCUGACUCGGAUCCCCCCUCUGAUUCCGAUUCCGAUGGGUUUAGCCCGGGGAGAGGAAGGGGUCGGGGGAAUGGGAGAGGGGGAAGGAGACGAGCGGGUGCUGCUGGUGGGGAGGAGAGUGAGGGGGAUGUGGAUGAGGAGGACGAUGAUGAUGGGUUUGGGGAUGGGAGUGAGGGGAGGAAGAGGAGAGGGAGGAGGAGGGGGCAGAGGGGACGGAGGAGGCGGCAAAGGGAGGAGGAGAGGGAGAGGGAGAGGGAUCCGGUGGUGCGGGCGAGGAGGAGGGAGAGGCGGCGGUUGAAGCUGGAGUAUUACAACCGGGGGUCGUUCUUUGGGCAGCCGUCGGGGUGCGUGGUGUACGAGAUGGCGCACGGCAUGCGCCGAGACACCAGCGAACAUCUCUGGCUGGCGUGUGUGUCCAUCACAGACCAGUUCGUGCACUCACGCCUUGCCCCGGAGCACUACACUGCUGGUUGCCUCGAUCUGGAAGACAAGGUGACGACAGCAGCGGCCAUGGAGGCCCCACGGUCCGCGGUGAUGGAGGAUGGCGUGUCAGUGAAGCUACCCGACAUGGGGCGCAUACAGUUCCAACACGAGCUGCGGCUGAUGUGCUUACCCCGUUGGAACCUCUUUGACUCGCUGCUCUACUCGUCCUACCCCGCCACCAAGCUCAAGACGUGGACGGAGCCGGGGCUCCGGCGCCUGCGCCUGCUGCUGGGGCAGCUGGGCAUCCCGCACGCCCAGGCCAAGCAGCGCUACCCCUUCAUGCCCGCUGCCACACGCAGUCGCCUCAAGGACGACGUGCAGCGGUUUGGCCCCAGCCAUGGGCUGUCGGACAUGUGCUACCGGGCGUUCCACCGAUACAACGGAUACAAGUUCCACGUGUCGGCAUCAGACGUGGUGUACGGCAUCACUGCGCUGCUGGAGAGCCACUCUCCUACGCCUGUGGGCCAUGCAGACUGGGACAGGGACAGGGACAGUGCGCGCAGCAAUGACUCCUUUUGGACUGCUCUAUCCGCCCUGCACCUCCGUGGGUGGAAGCAGCUGGAGGAGGGUAUGGAUCUGGCCAUUCGCAUGCAGGCAGCGCUGGUCCGCCAGGGCAGCCUCGCAAUCGCCAAGAAGGGUGCCAUCCGCUGCACGUUUGGGCGGCACCGCUUCCGCUACAUGCUGCUGGAUGACCACAGCGACGCCAGGCUCAUUGCGCACCCCCUUGCGCUCACGCGCCUGCUGCUCUUCCUCAUGGACGCACUCAAGGAGCAAGGCGAGCGGCCUCGGCCCAUGGUGGUGGCAGCCUCGCUACCAUCAUCCCCGUCAGCGCUCAUCGUGGGGGUGUCACACAAACCCCGGCUGGGCCAACUCAUGGGCAACACGUUUGGCGUUGCAUUUGCACGGGCAGGGGAGCGGCUGGGCGGGGCGUGCGGGUACCGGCAGGACAUGUUUGAGUCGUCGUGCGUGAUGCUGGAGCGCACCCACGUGUCGCACUUCUUCCGCCACCUGGAGGAGGUGAUGAAUGACGACAGCGCAGAUGCACCGAACCUGGACAUGGGCAUGGGCACGGGGCUGGGCAUGGGGAUGGGGAUGGGGAUGGGGAUGGGGAUGGGGGAGGAUGGCAGGAAGGGUGGGGGUGGAGUGCGCUUUGCAGCAGCAGAGGGAGUGGAGCCAGGAGAGGGCACUGAUGCUGGUGGUCGAGGUGCUGAUGGGAAUGGGGGGGAGUCAGGCGCUGCUGCCGGUAGUGGUGAUAGGGACGGCAAUGCUACUGCCGCCGAUGCUGCCGCCGAUGCUGCUGCUGCUGCUGCUGGUGACGGCAACGAUGGUGCUGAUGUGGAUGGUGGUGAUGGAGGUGCCCAUAAGGCUGGUGGCAGUGAUGGUGGCAAUGACGAUGAUGGUGUUGAUGGGCUCCAGCCUGGAGCGUGAAGUUGUAUUUUGAGUCGACUCAAAAUACAUCUGUUAAUGGGCUCCAGCCUGGAGCGUGAACGGUAGGUUGAUCGAAAACUUACGUACUGCACGCAGUGAUACCCAACCGUUCAGAUACGUACUAGCCCAGUUCGUUGUUCUCACUCUUGCCAGAACAUACAGUACCUGUACUAGCAUCCAUCCAGCAUUUUGUUUGCAUGGAUUGAUAUGGGUGAAGAUCUGCUGAAGUGCAGCAGCACAGCAAAAGCCAUGCUGGCUUAAGGUACA